GCUCGAGCGGGGCAGCGGCCUGGAACCGGUCGUCCUCGUCCUCCCACGCCCCUCGUCCGCGACCUCUCUAAUUUAACCCCACUAGGCCUUCCCGAUAUUCCCUGACCUCGUCCCCCCUUAACCUCCCCUCCUCCUGCGAUUCCACUCGCAUCCUUCGUUUCAGGAGGAGAAGGUCCAAGGGGGGGAUCGGCUCCAUUGCGCCUGAUACAAUUCUCUCUUUGUGGUCGCUUUUGGCAUUUCUUGGUUCUUGAGGUCAAAUAGAGGCCCCCUCCCUGAUAGGUGUUGCUUCUUGCUCGGGUCCCUGCUGUUGGUGCGUUCUUGAUUGACUUGGAAAAUGAUCAAGUGGGGAAUCAGCAGCGGGACGCCCGCGGAUUCGUACUACGAGGUCCGCUCGGAUUGCACGGACGAUGUGCCCAAGAGCAAGUUCAAGAUCAAGGCUGGAAAAACACUAAGUGUUCGGAAAUGGCAGGCUGCAUUUAACCCUGAUGGCUGUCUUGACAUUGCCUCAGUCCUAAGCCGGAUACAAAAAGGAGGUGUUCACCCGACAGUCAGGGGAGAGGUUUGGGAGUUCUUGCUUGGCUGUUAUGAUCCCAGGAGUACCUUUGAUGAGAGAGAAGAGAUCAGGCAAAUAAGAAGACUACAAUAUGCUAGAUGGAAGGAAGAUUGCCGAGAGAUGGAUUCUCAUGUUGGUAGUGGUAAAGUUAUCACAGCACCACUAAUCACUGAGGAUGGCAGACCUAUUAAAGAUCCUUUAGUUUUACUCGAGGCUACUUCCAACCAAAAUACUUCAGAUGGCACUUCAACUAGCAGCAACAAUGGAAUUGAAGUUGAUGAGUCUGCAAACCGUAUUACCGAUAAACAAAUUAUUGACUGGAAGCUUACACUGCAUCAAAUUGGACUUGACGUGCUACGUACUGACCGUACCAUGGUAUUUUAUGAGAACAAGGAAAAUCUUUCCAAGUUAUGGGAUAUUUUGGCUGUUUAUGCUUGGAUUGACAAAGAUGUUGGUUACUGUCAAGGGAUGAGCGAUUUAUGCUCACCAAUGAUAGUGCUACUCAAUGAUGAAGCAGAUGCGUUUUGGUGCUUUGAGAAAUUGAUGCGUAGAUUGCGAGGAAAUUUCAGAUGCACAGACCAAUCAGUUGGUGUGGCUAAUCAACUUCAACACCUUGCAUCUAUUAUUCAGGUGCUGGACCCAAAGCUACAUGAUCACCUAGAAACACUUGGUGGAGGUGACUAUCUUUUUGCAUUCCGUAUGUUCAUGGUACUAUUUCGACGUGAAGUCUCAUUUGGAGACUCCUUGUACCUCUGGGAGAUGAUGUGGGCUCUGGAAUACGAUCCCGAUAUCUUCUUUGCAGCUUGUGAAGAAGCAAGCGGUGCACAAAAGAAAGUAUCCAAGUCAAAAUUGAGAGGAGUACGCCAUUUUGCCAAGUGGGAUAAGAACAAGGAUACAAAGAAUGCCCCAGAGGAAACUGAUGGUCCAGUUCCCAUUUCAGUUUUCAUGGUUGCAAGUGUGCUCAAGGAAAAAAGAGAAAAAUUAUUACAAGAGGCUAGAGGACUGGAUGAUCUUAUUAGGAUAUUGAAUGAUGUAAAUGGGAAUUUAGAUGCGAAAAAAGCUUGUGCUGGAGCUCUGAAACUUCACAAGAAAUAUCUCAAAAAGGUAGAGGCAAAGAAAACCUAAAAAUGUACCGGAACAUAUGCUUCCACUGACGGAUUCUUGAAUCUACACAUACACGAGCAUAGCACAGAAAUUGUGAGUGAAGGUUCUCACAGGGGUCAUCAUUAGAAGAUGGCCCCGGAUAAAAGAUAAGCACAACCUUUGUAUGUAAUGAUACCGUGCUUUCUGUCUCCCCCACAAGUUCAUUCGCUUGUACAGACAUGGCGGUGUGGGUAUAGCCUUCAUUGCAUACUUAUUAAUUUCAAUUCAAGUUGAAAUGUGCUGCAUGUUGA